AUGGCACGCAACACAGAAUUGAGCAAGCAAGGAUCCACACCCAACGCUUCCAAGGACUCCAAGGCAAACCUAACAAUUGAAUCUACUAGGCCAAACUACUAUAAAGGUGUUGCAGAGCCAGUGAAUGCAAUAGCAUCAUCGUCGAUUGUUGGAAUGGGAGAGUUGGACAGGAUUAGGGAGUGGGCAGCUCGUGGACCCAAUGAUACUGAUGAUGAGGUUGCGAGAGAGAAACUAGAGCUACACGCCAAAUCAAUGAAAAUGGUUGGAAAAUGGGCCAACACUGUAAUGGGAAAGCGUAUGAAACGUCUUGCUCAACGUGAAGACCGUAUGCGUCUGAUUGAGGAGGAAAAGCUUAGACAAGAUCAAGAGUGGGCAGGCAUACUAAAGGAAGAGAGGAAGGCUCGUAUUGAGAAAUCUCAAAAACAGCAAUUCUACGAAUCUGAUCGAGUUAGAGAGCUAAAUUCGAAAUUGCUACUGGCUGCUGUUAUGCAGGAACGUGAACUCCAAAUCUCCCUCCGCAAAGAACGUGAAGCCCUACUCCAAACCGUCGACGACGCACGCAUAGCCCAAGGAAUCGAAAAAUCCAAAAGGGAACAAGAAGCCGAAGACGCUAAACGUGAUGCACGCAAAGCAUCCAUCCGCGACACCGCCUUGCACCAAGUCUCUCAAGCACAGCGCAAACAUUCACAAGAAGACGCCGAACGUAAAGCAUUGAAGUCUUUCUAUGCCGGACAGGAUAAACUGCAUGCAGAAGAAAUGAAGACUCUAAAUGCUACCAAAAAAGUGAAACAUGUGGAGGAUGCACAUGUGUUUAGUGAAGAGUUGCAGGAGUGUAUUAGGCAGAAACAGAAUGUUAAGGAUCAUGAUAGGGAGUUGGAUGCUGCUGCGAGUGUAAGGAAUGAUGUGUUUAAUCAUCGCAAAUCUGCUAUAGCGAGGAGGCGUGGUGAGGUUGAUAAGGAGCGAAUGAAACAACGCCAAGAAGCAAUUGACGCCACUGCCGAACUCGUCGCCAGCUACGAGCAAAAACGAUUUGCACAAUUGGAUUGCUUCCUCUCGAAAAUGUCUGCUCCACGACGAGGACGUUCAGCCAAGGAAGAAGUCAAUCAAAAGACUCGUGCUCGACAAUUGGAAGCAAUUGAAGAGUUCCGCCAACAGCAGAUCACAAGACGCCACGAACGUGAACAGCAAGCACACGAAGAAUCACGUCGUGCAAGACUGGAACUCGAUACCAGAUUUGCACAAUUCAGACAUGAAAUCCAGGACAAAUCAAAGACGACAUUUGAAAAAGCUAAUGAGAUCAAGCAGUUUAAUAUGCAUCUGGCUUUGGAAACGCGAAAGAGUCAAUCCAACGAGGUUGAUUCUAAAUUAAUGUAUCAAGCUAAAUUGUUGGAGAUUCGGGAUCACGAGGAGGAGGAGUUUGAAGAGUAUGCUGCUUCCCUGUUACGAGAAUGGGUCGAAGCAGGACGAGAUGUAGCACCAGUUCUACGUGCAAUUCAACAAUCGAAUGGAUUGAAGAUUCGUAUUCCAGUUGGAAUGCCCAAACCGUUGAAUACUUCUGCUCGAUUAGGAUUCACUCCUUGA